AUGAUCUCUCUGCCAGGCCUCAACCUGUCCUCGCAGCCUGCCGAGACGCAAAAUGGCCCUACUUCGACGGCCACACGAACGCAGGAGCUCGCCGCCAACACCGAAUACCGCUUCGAAGUAUCCUUCUCCCGAACACUCACGGUCAAGUUGCAGUCGGGCACUGCAGAGUUCUUUGGUACCGAGCUGGCACCCUCCACCACAUACACCUUCCAGGGCACAAAGGGCGCCAUCUUCACAUGGCACGGCUGCAAGCUCGACAUCGGCGGAGAGGUUGAGUCGGACUAUAUCGCUGAAGAGACACCCAUGAUGAGUUGUGCAAACCUACAUUUCGCCCUAGAAAACUUGCGCGACAGGAGCAUCGCCAGCGGCAGUGUCGACAUGGGCCCAAGAGUGCUUGUCGUAGGGCCGGAGAACUCGGGCAAGACAUCACUCGUCAAAACCCUCACGUCCUAUGCUGUCAAGACUAGCAGGCAGCCAAUGGUCAUAAACCUGGAUCCGCGCCAGGGUAUGCUCAGUGUGCCCGGCUCCUUCUCAGCAGCUGUAUACUCGUCCAUCGUAGACAUUGAAGAGGGCUGGGGGAGCAGUCCAAUCUCGGAGCCCAGCCCUAUUCCGGUCAAGAUGCCGCUGGUAUAUCACUACGGUCUUAAAGACCCGGAGGAGGGCAAGGUGUUCAAGCCGUUGGUAACGCGCAUGGCACUUGCUGUCACAAGUAGAUUGGAGGAAGACAAGCUCAGCAAGCAGGCUGGCUUCAUCAUUGAUAGCUCAGGCGCCAUCAGCCAAGGGAGGAAUGGCGUCUACGACAACAUAGAACAUAUUGUUUCUGAGUUCUCUAUCAACGUCCUCGUAACCCUCGGCUCCGAACGCCUCUACUCCGAUCUUUCCCGAAAGUUCUCAGCCCGAACUAGCGGCGAUCCUUCCGAGACCGUCUUCGUAAUCCGUCUCGACAAGUCUGGCGGUUGUGUAGAUCGAAGUGAAGAAUACAUGGAAGCACUCCGCCACGCCCAAAUCAAAGAGUACUUCUUCGGCAAAGGCGAUGAGACACUUGCCCCUAGUAGCCAGAUGGCCGAUGCCGCCGACCUCAACAUCUUCCGCGCCAUUGAAGGAGACGUGAACGGUGGGGUUGACGAAUACGACAUGACUGUCGAGCGACAAAUCUUCGAAAAGGUUACACCGUCCGAGGCAAUGCAAAAUCAACUACUCGCCAUCACUACAGCUAGUCCCAAUGAUCCACAGGCUGUCAUCCGUGACAGCAGUAUCAGGGGAUAUAUCUAUGUCGCCGACGUGGAUGAGGCGAAAAAGAAGGUCAAGCUCCUCAGCCCACUACCAGGAGCGACACCAGGGAACGCCAUGAUCUUAGGCAAAUGGCCAGAAACUGUCGAGGGUCUAGUUAACUAG